ACAGUGAUGAAGGACAGACCGGGAUGUUUGAGCCCAGCACAUCCACAAUCAUCCUGAUAGAUCUUAGCGGUCAUAUCGCAUUAUGACACGAUGAUAUUACAUAUGAAAUCAUAACGCGGGGUUUGCCCAGAGAGCCAGUUCAACAUCCUGAACUGAAUUUACCUCGGAAAUCAUCAUCAUUUCCCGUUUGGUGAGCUCAGGAGCCCAGUGUGAACAUGAGUGGCCUGAACACUAAGCCUGCCCCGGAUGGCGGAUGGGGUUGGGCUAUCGUGGUGGCCUCUUUCAUGGGUCAGUUUCUUGCCUACGGGUCGCCCCAGUCUGUGGGGGUUCUGUACCCUGAAUGGCUGAACACUUUUCAGGACAGCAAAGGCAUGACAGCUUGGGUCGGCUCUCUGGUGUCCGGGGUCGGGCUCAUUGCUAGUCCCAUCUGCAGUGCAUGUGUUGUGAAUUUCGGGGCUCGUCCUGUGACCAUCUUCAGCGGGGUCAUGGUGUCCGGAGGGCUGAUGCUUAGCGCUUUUGCACCCAAUGUUCAGUUUCUCAUAUUCUCCUAUGGUAUUGUUGUUGGACUUGGCUGUGGACUUGUUUAUGCUGCUACUGUAACCAUCACUUGCCAGUAUUUUGACAAAAGACGUGGACUUGCUCUCGGCAUUGUUACGACAGGUACAAGCGUGGGAGGUUUUCUUUACGCUGCUGCGCAGAACGAAUUCAUUGCACUCUUCGGACUCGACGGCUGCCUUUUACUGAUUGGCUGUUUUGCACUAAACAUCAUCGCCUGCGCCGGACUCAUGCGCCCGCUGCACCUGCCGGCCUACUACCUAAAACAACGAGCGGCGAUGGCCGAGAAAGCCGAGGAGAACGUUCUGGAAAAAUCUCCUGUGGUGGAAGACCCCGUCAAAAAAACCCAAUCCAUCGUCCUCAUCACAGGAGACACCAAAGACACGCACGAAAAGAGAAAACUCCUCAAUUACGUGACGCUGGUGCGGCUCAUGAAGAAGAAGCAGAAGCAAUACUCUGAAUACUUGCACUCCAUUGGCCAAGUGCUUCAGAACCGAGUCUUCUUGGCCACUUGCGUGUCUUUAUUCGCGUAUUGUUUGGGAGCGUACACUCCGCUCCUGUUUCUAGAGGAUUUGGCUCAAAGCGAGGGUCUCAUCACUGGGAUCAGCACCAUCCCUCUGGUCUCCAUCAUGUCCAUCGCUGCUGGAGUUGGAAAGCUGCUGCUGGGCGUCAUGAUGGACGUUCGCUGGAUGAACAGUAUUUAUUUGUACGCGGUCACCCUGCUGGGUACAGGGGUGGCUCUGCUCAUCAUCCCUGUCACCAAGAACUACGCUGGGCUGCAGGUCAUCUCCGCAGUGCUGGGCUUUUUCUCUGGGAACUGGUCUGUUAUUCCUUAUAUGACCACUAAGGUUGUGGGGAUGGAUCGACUGACUGAGGCGUACGGCAUCUUGAUGUUCUUUGGUGGAUUUAGUAUAAUGCUCGGACCGCCAGUCGCAGGCUGGAUUUAUGACUGGAUGCACUCCUACGAUCUGGCGUUUUACUUCAGCGGAGGCUUCGUGCUGCUGGGAGGAGCUGGCCUUUUCCUUUCUGCUUUGUCCUGUUGGAACAAGAACCAGGAAGAAACCAAGACGCCAGACAAAGAAUACACUAAUGACUAUGAUAAAGUUGCAACCGUAGCCUGAAGCACGAGAUCAAGCUCACACUCGCCUCUUAUGAAAAGCUCUUGAUUCUGAACGUUACACUGAAGCAAACGAGGAAAGGACUCGUUAAUCUGUGGCCUUGUUUUAGGAGGCUCUGGUCCUGCAUCCGCAAUGCUUUGGCCGUUGUUUACUGUACAGGUUGGUAUUGAAAUCAGUAGAGAAAGGAUUCCUCAGUGCCAUGUGUCACCAAACGUUUUUCAAGAUGUAUUAUUUUUGUUUUUUUUGUAUGGACAUGUUAAGACUUCACUAUACUAUACAUGUCAUCUUUGUAUUGUUUGAUGGUGCAUUCAACAAUCCGAAAGGCGUUUCGCAGUAUUCAGACGGGUGUUAAUUCAUGUGUUGUACCAAAGUUUUGGGUUAAUUUAUUAUGUUUGUAAAUGCCGUCUCUCCUGUUCACAAACAUGCAGCACUAGACUAGCUGUGCUUCAGUUAGUUUAUGCCUUGUUUUGUUGCCUUGUUAUAGAUUUUAUCAGUCUGUCGUUCAGAUUUGUUUAAAAACCACAUGCGAUAAAGCAAUAUGUCUCUGUGAAAGUGCUGUCAGGUUGUUUUUUAUGGCUGUUUAUCUCUUUUAAUUGUGUACUUUUUUGAAAUACCAGCUCUUAUUGACUGUUUUACACAUUUUUGCAGUAGACUCUGUGUGUUUGUGUGGCUUUCUGUUUGUUGUAUGUGUAAGACAUGUUACUUGAAAUGAUUUAUUCUAUUAAUAUUCAAGCAACACUGUUUUUAUUGUUAAGAAGGAAGUUCUUUACUGGAAGCAUUUGGUUUUGGCACCUUCGGAUGUAAUGGAUCUUUGAAACUGCCAUUGUUAUUUAUGUUUCUUUUUAUGUUUUUUUUAUUAUUAAACUGUUGAUGAUAUUAAA